CUUAACUCACACACAAGCGAUCUAGAAGCAUACUCAGUAACCUAAUCAAACUUAACCACUUGGCCACUGAACCAGCCAGGGCAAUCAGGGCAAUCAGGGCAACUAGGGCAAGACAACCAAGAACACAUGUAUAGGGGCAUAACUGUCACCAGUGGCAAAACAUAUCUACUUGGUAGUCCGAAUUUGCCUAGCCCCAUAAUUUCCUGGCACCAGAUGCGGCUUGCUGCUACUCUGCCAUUUAUCGCCGUUCUAUAAUUGGGAGUUGUAAAUAACCGGGUAAAUGACAUACAGCCAGAAGGGGUCGAAGGAACAAGCCCAGGGAAUCAAUCAACCCUCGGAACUAUGGCUGCCCAUGAUCCCAAAUGCGGAAAUCGAGACAAUCAAAGUUGGGAAAUGAUCCUAGCCAAUCGUUCUAGUAUUGCCCAAGGCGAGGAAAUCUUCGAACGACUUCUUCGGGCUCGGCAGUUCGUAGGCGCUGACCCGCGAAACCGCCCUCCUACGAAUCAUACAAGUAGGAACAGGCAUCACGAAACUUCCCCAGGUUUUCAGCCCCCGGAUUCUACUUCGUAACCGUGCUCCUCAAAGACCACAGCUAACCAUCUGUUACUUCGUCUAACGUCUCGUCCGAUACUCCUAAGGCUCGUCGACUAACGUUCGAGGUAGAAUCAAGUCACGAUGCAGCUGACUUCCCUCGCUGCCGCAGCGCUCCUAGCGCAAAAUGCCGCCGCCCAAUUCGGUGGCAACACUAUGCUGCGAUUCGCAUGCUCUCAGUUGGUCGUUGACCGUAUCGACCCCCUGGUAAACCCCGGCAUGAAGUACACUCCUCACCUUCACCAGCUGGUCGGUGGAAACUCCCUAAACGUCACCAUGGACCCCGAGGUGCACGACCUGGCUGCCUCGACCUGCACGUCCUGCACAUUCAAGGAGGACAAGUCCAACUACUGGACCGCCGUCAUGUUCUUCAAGGCCAAGAACGGAACAUACAAGAGAGUUCCUCAGGUCGGAAACGGCGGACCGCAAGGAAAGCUGAUCAACAAGGGUGGUCUCGACCUCUACUACAUCCCCAGCGGCAAGGUUACCGCUUUCAAGAAGGGUUUCCGUAUGUUGGCUGGUAACGCUGCCAACACCGAUGCCACCAAGGUCCAGAGGGCAAACAUCUGCCAUCGAUGCUGGUUGUCGCCCAACGAGAACACCUUCACCGGUGGUGCUCCUUGCACCGGAUCCGACACCGUCGACAUUCCCAAGGGCCAGAACUGCAAGAUGAUCCGACAGACCAUCCUCUUCCCCACAUGCUGGGAUGGCAAGAACCUCGACAGCCCGGACCACCAAAGCCACGUCUCGUACAGUGCCGGCUCCGGUGCUACUGGUGGCGGUGCCUGCCCCUCGACUCACCCCGUCAAGCUCCCUCAGAUCAUGUACGAGCUGAUGUGGAACGUCACCGAGUUCGCCAACAGCCCCGACUUCCCGACCGACGGCUCGAACCCGUACGUCUACUCCAUGAACAUCGGUGGCCCUGCUGCCCACGGUGACUACCUCUUCGGCUGGGAAGGCGACACGCUCCAGAAGGCCAUGGACAACAUCGGCCGCUGCGGUCUUAACACCGACUGCGCCACCGCCGGCAUCCACGCCCAGACCUCCGACCAGUACAGCUCCUGCACAAUCGAUCAACAAGCUCCCGAGGAUGUUGACGGCUGGCUCUCGGCUCUCCCGAUGGGUGAGAUGGCCAUUAAGGCUUAGACGACGUCUCCUGAGAAGUGUGCGAAUGGUGCGGGAUAAAUGGAUCCUACAGCGAAGGUUGAAUUGCAGUCAAGAUAACAUCGUCGAUGAAAACCUCGCUGGUGGGAAUGGAUGCAUUCAUUUACACGUAGUUUAGUGUCAAUGUUUGUUAAAUUUGUUAGAAGUUAGCUGUUGUCAUCGACAAUUUUCGCAUAAUUAUACUCCAUUUUGCUACCUGGUACUUGAAUAUAGUGAUAUACAGGGAGAUACAGC